UUAUCAAUUAAAUAUGUAGUCCACAUAUUCAUCUGCCGUCCUUUACGAGCAAAAGACCUCCAUUUCUCUAAUUAUCUAUUAAUACAGACUGUGCUCUUGUUUUUUUCUGUAAGUUUUUGUAAUAGACUUUGUCAUUUGACUUUGGAAGUUGAUUGGAAUAACAGGGGCAGUUUUCAUAGCAAGAAAGUCCAGUUUUCCUGCCUAUAAUCCUUUGCCAAAACUAUCUUCUUUCUUUCACCUUCAAUUUGCUCUUCUCCCCCAACCCUCCUCCUCCUCCUUCCCCAGGAAACUCAUUCAUUCAAGAAAUCAGCGAUCACUUAGGCAUGGAUAGAGAACAAGAAGAGAUGCAAUUUCUUGGAUUCUUCGAUAUCUACAAAGAAUCCUACAAGAUCAUAUUCACAUGGAGAAAGAUCUUCACCCAGAUAACUCUAGCCCUGAUUCUUCCUCUGUCUUUCAUCUUCCUAGCUCACAUCCAGAUAACCGAUCUCAUCUUCUCCAAUAUUAUACAUGAUGAAAUACAAUUAGAUCAUACAACAGCUGGCUCUCCACGAUCCAAGAAACUAAACGAUCUAAUCUCCUCCGAAUGGACAUAUUUCUGGCUCUUCAAGAUUGCAUACUUCACUUUCUUUCUUAUUUUUUCCCUUCUAUCAACCGCAGCAGUUGUUUACACCAUUGCUUGCAUUUAUACUGGGCGAGAUAUCACCUUCACCAAGGUUAUGAGCGUUGUCCCUAAGGUUUGGAAGAGGCUUAUGGUCACAUUUUUGUGUAUUUUUGGUGCUCUUUUUGCCUACAACAUAGUUGCUUUCCUGAUCUUUAUCGCAUGGAUAAUUUUGAUUUCUGACACUAGUAUUGGGGCUGUGACUUUCUUUGCGUUCUGGAUUUUGUACGCCGUUGGUAUUGUGUACUUGACCAUAAUUUGGCAGCUGGCUAGUGUUGUGUCUGUGCUAGAGGAGGCUUGUGGGUUUAAGGCCAUGGAGAAGAGCAGAGCUCUAAUCAAAGGGAAGUUGUUGGUGACAGGAAUUAUAUUUUUCUUGCUCAAUCUGUCUCUAUUCUUAAUUCAGGUAGCAUUUAAGAUACUGGUGGUUCAUGGUCGAUCCUUAGGAACGGUUAGUAGGGUAUCAUAUGGGAUCAUUUGCUUCUUGUUGCUUUUUAUAUUGUUUCUGUUCGGACUUGUUAUCCAAACAGUGAUUUACUUCGUCUGCAAAUCUUAUCACCAUGAGAAUAUCGACAAAUCUGCACUAUCAGAUCAUCUUGAAGUUUAUCUGGGAGAAUAUGUCCCUCUGAAGUCUAAGGAUGUCCAGCUUGAACAAUUUCAAGUUUGAGCCAGUUCGUAUCUCGUGCCAUUAUAUAUAUUUAUCGCAAUAAUAAGCUGUAAUAGUUCUUUUUCUUUAUCCAAUACUACUCCUGUAUUAGUUUUUUAAUCUUCAGACGGUAUAAAUCAAAUCGAUCUGAUUGUUGCUUUGUGA